AUGAUUUUUGGGGUAUCGAUUUUAUGGGACCUUUUCUCCCCUCAUUUACUAAAGAAUAUACUAGAGAAGACAGUGUCGGUAUCUCGGAAAGAUUGGUCCGCUCCGAUUGAAGAUUCUCUUUGGGCAUACAUAACUGCAUGCAAAGCACCCAUUGGUUCCUCACCUUUCCAAAUGGUUUAUGGUAAGGCAUGUCAUUUACCUGUAGAAAUAGAGCACAAAGCUUUGUGGGCUCUACGUUUCUUUAAUAGAGAUGACAGCCUAGCAUUCAAGAAAAGGAAAGAACAAAUCCACGAGCUAGAAGAGUUCAGGCUAAGACUUUUCCUAGGUAAACUAAAAUCUAAAUGGUCAGGACCAUUAAUGGUCAAGAAAGUAAAACCAUAUGGAGCCAUUGUCAGUGAAGAUAGUAAAACCAAAGAGAGUUGGACGGUCAAUGGAGAAAGAUUGAAAGUGUACCUUGGAGGAGAAUUUGAUCGGGAAGUGUGCAUUCUCGAACUUUUGAAUACUUAA